AUGAUUGGAGUUAGAUCAUUCAGUACCAGUCUGAAAUCUUUAUCACACAUAGGGUCUGCCGCUAUUUUUUUACCAAAAGAAGUAACUCUUAAAGUUAGCAGUGUUCUUCAUCCAACAAUCAUCAAGAAAGGUAAAAACACAAUCACCUUGAACCAGCAAUGUUUCAUUGAAGGACCAAGAGGCUUAUUGAAAAUGGAGCUUCCUGACUUUGUGCAGGUAAAAUCUGAUAACGAGUCCUCUAAGUUGACCGUCGAAGUUGAAAACUCCAAAGAUCGAAUUCAAAGGUCGAUGUGGGGAACGGUAAGAAGUACAUUAAAUAACCAUGUUGUGGGAGUUACGGAAGGUCAUCUGACUAUGCUGAAAUUACAAGGUACCGGGUACAGGGUUUCAUUAGUCGAAGAAGAAGAUGGAAGGACCUUUGUUUCCAUGAAAAUAGGUAAAUGUAUCAACGAAGGUUUCUACAAACCGGAAGGGAUUGAAUUACAGAACCCUCAGCCAAAUAGAUUGGUUAUUUCCGGUAAUGAUAAGCAAAAGGUCAAGCUAUUUGCUGGUACUUUAAGGAACUUGCAUCCUCCAGAACCUUAUAAGGGAAAGGGAAUAUACAUUGAUAACGAAACCAUCAAACUGAAGGACAAAAAGAUUAAAUAG